AUGUUUCACGAUUCCUCUAUUGAGAUUUAUGUUCCCUUUCAUUCUUUAUAUGUGCAGAUUCCUGAAUUGGAUUUUGAGAUUCCUCCUGAGGCUCAACGUGGAUCUCUGUCAACAGUGGAGGGCAUAUUGGUACGAGCUGCAGAUGAGUUGCAGGCCCUUCAAGAAGAACGCAAGAAAGUGGAUCCUCAGACUGCCGAAGCCCUAGACCAGUUUUUGUUGAAACUGAAAGCUUGUGCAGCAGGAGAUUCAUCUUUUACCUUUAUCCUGGACGAUCCUGCUGGAAACAGCUUCAUCGAGAACCUGUAUGCUCCAUCCCCAGACCCAUCUUUGAGUAUCAAAUUCUGUGAGCGAACUCCAGAUCAACAAGCAACAUUGGGAUAUUCUGUUGACCCUUCACAGUUGGGAGAUCAUCGUGAGGGAACAUCGAUGGAGCAAAUAAGUGGUGCUUCUGAUGAAGUAAGAAGAGAGCCACAUGGAUCCGUUGGAGCAACAGCUGCUCAUCGGGCUAUUGCUCAGAGUAAUACUGCAGAUAUUGUGGAUACUGUAUUUCGAUACACUGCACCAGAAGAGGUGAUGACUUUCCCAUCAACCUGUGGAACUUGUGGCAUCGCGUGUGAGACUCGAAUGUUUGUUACUAAAAUUCCCUACUUCCAAGAAGUAAUCGUCAUGGCAUCCACUUGCGAUGCUUGUGGUUACCGCAAUUCUGAGUUAAAGCCUGGUGGGCGAGUUCCUGAAAAAGGGAAGAGAAUUUCUCUCACUGUGAGGAACAAUAAAGAUCUUAGUCGUGACGUAAUAAAGUCAGAUACUGCAGGUGUGAAGGUCCCAGAGCUUGACUUGGAGUUGGCUAGUGGCACUUUAGGGGGAGUUGUUACAACUGUUGAGGGUUUGAUUACAAAAAUUAGUGAAAGUUUAGAGAGAGUGCAUGGAUUUACUUUUGGCGAUAGUCUAGAUAAUCAUAAAAGAAGCAAAUGGGAAGACUUCAAAGCAAGGCUAGAUAAGCUCCUGAGUUUGGAAGAGCCAUGGACUUUAAUACUCGAUGAUGCUCUAGCAAAUUCCUUCAUUGCGCCAGUGACUGAAGAUAUUAAAGAUGACCAUCAAUUGACAUUUGAGGAAUAUGAGAGGUCGUGGGAGCAGAACGAGGAAUUGGGUCUAAAUGAUAUUGAUACCUCAUCGGCUGAUGGUGCAUAUCACUCAACUGAUACAACAAUGCAAGUAAAAACAGAUGUAUAAAUUUUUCUGCUUUCAUGGUUUACCUUUUUUUUUUUUUUUUUUAAAAGGAGAAGGUAAAGAUUAUCUAUAAGUUUGAUUUUAAGCAGUGCCCUCAAUUGUAACUUAUGUUUACCUAUAAAAUUUGGAUGUAAACUGGCCCCUUAGCAAGGAUGUUUAAAUAAAAAAAAAAUCAUGCCAUUGAACUUCAACAACAAA